AGCAAAGCAGACAUCACUUCCGAGAUCCUGCCAUUUUGCUGCUGAUGCUCAAAGCAAGCCGCGUCCAGACUAGCUGGUGCUGGCUGCAGCCAUUGUUUUGAAGUACAGCUCAUUAUUUUUUUUAACGAGACUAAAUCAGUUUUUAACAAUUGAAGACGUCAUCAAAGUAGAAUGUCAGAUUUCGACCACAACCCGUUCGCGGACCCUGAAUUCAAUAACCCUUUUCAGGAUCCGUCGGUGACCCAAGUAACACAGAAUGCUCCUCCAGGGUUGGAAGAGUACAACCCCUUCACAGAUGCCAAGCCGGUCCACCCUGGCCCAGCGCCUAAAUUGCCGCCCCCCCCCACCACCACCACCAACACACAACCAGCCAUCAUGAAGCCUACUGAAGAACCUCCUGCAUACUCGCAGUCACAGGAGCAGGCGUGGGCGGCUACAGAGCUGCUGAGGAGACAGGAAGAGCUGGAGAGGAAGGCCGCCGAGCUAGACCGCCGCGAGAGAGAGAUGCAGUCGCUCAGCACAUCAGGAGGUAGGAAAAACAACUGGCCGCCUCUCCCGGAGAAGUUCCCCGUGGGCCCCUGUUUCUACCACGACAUCACUGUGGACAUCCCUGUGGAGUUCCAGAAGACUGUCAAGAUCAUGUACUACAUCUGGAUGUUCCACACAGGGACGUUGUUCGCCAACAUGUUUGGCUGUCUGGCCUGGUUCUGUGUGGAUGCAUCCAGGGGAGUGGACUUUGGUCUGGCCAUGCUCUGGUUCAUGAUCUUCACCCCCUGCUCCUUCGUCUGCUGGUACAGACCCCUCUACGGAGCUUUCAGGAGUGACAGCUCGUUCCGUUUCUUUGUAUUCUUCUUCGUGUACAUCUGUCAGUUUGGCGUUCACGUGAUGCAGUCCAUCGGCAUCUCCGGCUGGGGCGCCAGCGGGUGGAUCUCCGCUCUGACUGGCCUGAAUAAGAGCAUCCCUGUUGGCAUCAUCAUGAUCCUCAUCGCUGCUCUUUUCACUGCCCUGGCUGCCAUGUCGCUCAUUAUGUUCAAAAAGGUCCAUGGCAUGUACCGCACCACAGGGGCCAGCUUUGAGAAGGCCCAGGCCGAGUUCGCCACGGGCGUCAUGGCCAACAAGACGGUCCAGACCGCCGCUGCCACCGCCGCCUCCAACGCCGCCAGCGGAGCCUUCAAGCAACAGAUCUGAUUGGCCCCCGGAGCCCGCCCUAUUUCUUCACUCCGUCCAAUUCCCCCCCCGAGCUGAGCUCAAGCUUCCCUGCCCUCCCAACCUAGCUCUACCCGCAUGACUAGGAUGAGACCAUAGAGAGAGGUAGAGGGCUCGUCUCUGUAUCUGUGGCGUUGUAGUCGUCUGUGACAGCAUGGGGCAGCGCCAUUGAGGCUACAACCCAUAAAAAAAAUACAGACCCAGUUGACUACUUUUUGAUUUCUUUAACCCCCUUAUUUCGAUGUCCGCACCCCCACGGAAAUCUAAUUAGCAUUAACAUAAUAAGCAUAAUAAAAUAAUCCCCGUAAAAAUGUGUCAGUUUAAGCUUGGGAGAUGGUGUAUUGGAUGCAUCUCAGUCCACCGCAUGCGCCCAUGCCACACUGCCGCAUCUGCAGUGAAAGGUGAUGGAGCUCGAGCGGCGUUUGUCCGACCAAGAGACGUCCUGAAAAUGGUUCUGCUCACAAAAUCGUCCGUAGCAUCCGAAAGUUUUCUAGUCCAAACCAAUCUAUGUAAAGAUGGGACUCUCACAAACACAAUGGUGUUUUGCUCUACGACCCCCCCCCCCCAAACCAUCUUGGGCCUCGUCUAAGGUCGGUACAGCCGAUCUGCCAACUUCUGUCUGUAGAUUCCGAACAGUUUCGGAACAAUACCCCUCUAGGACGCCCACAGGCCUCACAAGACUCGUCUUAAAGGUUCCCCGGUACAAGUUUAAAACUUUUCUGGAAGUAUAUAUGGAGACUGUUUAGUGCCAAAAAUAAGGGGUUUAAUGCAUGUAAUAAAAAAAAAACAUAUUUCUGAUAUAGGACAGACACAAACUUUCUUUAGAUUUUUUUUUGGGGGGGGUGACUGUUGUUCCAUAUAGUGAAUGAUAUUCAAUCAGUUUGUAUGGGCUAAGCACAAAGGCUCAAUUUAUUUUUUAAAUAAAAAAUAUACUUCAAGGGGUCUUCAAAUGUCAAAAUCAAAUAGCAAAGUGAUCCUUGGUAUGACCUCUGAAAAUAAUUCCAUAUAGCUUAGUAGAACCCCCCUCCCCUGGCUUAAAAUGCACUCAAUGGCGCUGCCCAUGCUAAAAUGGGCUUUUGGCCAAUAGAGGCCUCUAUCAUUCUCUCUGGAUGAGACCUAGAAGGAUGAGCCCACUGAUGUCAUAGUAGAUGAAAGCAGGAAGUGAGAGGCUUGGUGUUUAAGUCGUUUCAUUCAGUUCCUCCCAGUGCAGAUCUACAUCCUGUGGAAUCUAGAGGUUUAGGACAUCACCGUCUUAUCCUUCUCGUUUCAUCCACCAAGCCCCGCCUCUCAUCUUGCCCUGAGGGCUGUAACUCCGCUCACCCUAGUGUCUUUAUUAAAACACUCCUGUCCUGUGUCUGUCUGACCCCACACCACUUAGUCAUGUCACUAUACAAGUGUUUGCAAACUUUCCUUGAAGUGUGUGUGUGUGCGCGUGUGUGAAUAUGUGUCUCUCUAUAUGUUAAUGCCGAGGCCUAUACAUUGUGUACGUUCCACAUCCAGUUUCUGUCACUCCCUCUGAUGCAAGUCAAUUCCCUUCACCAAGACUCAAAUGGCUGUAGCUAUCCAUAAACGUACACGACUCAUUUAUUCACUGGAUUUAACCAAGUACUGUUAGAAAUGUUUAACACUUAAUGAAAAAAACAACAACACUUGUUUUGAACCCUGCGCCAGUCAGGCGGAUAUGGCCACCAGUCAGUGGUCACCAGUCUGCCCUCUGGUGGUGAGACCUGGUAGUGUUUGAGUGCUGCGCAGUCCAACGUUGUCACCUCAAGAAUCGUCUAGACUGAUUAAUCUCAAGAAGCGAGUGUAAACCCAUCCGUGUUCUAAACAAGGAAGUGUCUCAGAAAUCAGGUUCGGUGUCUUGGUUAGAUUUUUUUUCCCUCACAGCCAUGUCGUAGUAGCUUUUAAGUCUUGCCUUUUGAUAACAUCUUGUGUUCUCAAUAACAAUUUUUUAUAAUAUAAACAAAGAAACCAGAUGACAGCGACCUAAAUGUCAUAGCCUCUAUCCUUGUCCCUUGCUUUAGUGGUAACGUUGCACUUCACGUAGACACCGCAUCACACACGCACGUAUGUAUACAAAGACCCCCCACCCCCAAACCCGAUGCUUUCAGACCUGCAAAUGUAUGCUAGCUGAGCUGUAUACUAACAACUGACUCCAGUGAGAGAGAGUUGGCUCAUCUCUAGGCUAGGUUUUCUACCCGGGGAUAUAUACAGUACCUCAGUCAGUGCUCUUUACGUGCAUGACCGAGCUUGCUGAUCUACAGGACACUGCUCUGGUCUACGCCUCUCUGUAUUAUAGAAGUCUAUGGUUUGUGAGUGAACGAAACGGUCUUGUUUUGAAGUUAAAAUGCUGUGCAUUAAACUGAACCGGUCCAGUAAUCCCUGUGUCUCCAAACGCUCCAAGAACAGGCGAAAUCUCCCAGUAAUAUCAUUGGUCUAUGCUGCAUGGAUGUGUCGACGCUGAUAGCCUGAGUAUUCAUUGUAUGAUUGAGUGAAAGGAGCAAUUUCCCCCCCCCCUCCCCCAAGUGUUUUAGGCCUUCUGAUCCCGAGAGUGGCUUGUUUAUCUUUUUGUUCUGUGCGUCAUCCUCUUAGUUGUAUGUUAUUCAUCAUCAUGUUGGUCGAGAAGGUCAUGCAUAAGCUCUAGCUGCCUUGUUUUGAGUGUAAAACCGGUGUGUGUGUGUCAGUCAAAGUGAAGUCUUAACAAGGAUAACUGGCUGUUCAGUUGAAUGCUAUUGUGGGCAGGGCAGAGACAUGCUGAGAUCUUCCGUUCUGUUGCUGCAGGAUACCUGUUGUGUUUUUCAGCUAUUUUUUUUUUAAUGCUCUGUUUUUUUAAUACCUAUAUAUAGAUCUUCCUGUUUUCCUUUUAGACCGAUAGUCAUCUCUCCGAGGUUUGUUAGUGUCUUGAGUUUAUGCCUGUGAAAGUGUGUGCGCCUGCGUGUGAGAGACUGUUUCUGUGCUGAGCUACAAUGUUGUUCUUCCUCUUUUGAAAAUCUAAACGAAUGGCACCUGAAUGCUCCUGUUAAUAAUUUGUUGGCUUGAAAACAAAUGGGGGGGAAAAUGCAUCAACUGCUUAAUGUGAGAGAGUCCGUCGGGGGAAGUAAGCGACGUGAACUGUGCAUCUUUUGAGAUGGACUGUGGCUUUAACUUGUACUUUUUGAAUCAAUGACACAAGUAUGUAGUAGAAAACACUGAGAAUGAAUAUGAAAUUGGUUUUGCUCAUUUCUGACUGGAAUAAAUUGAAGUUAUUUAAAGAAAGUGAGCAGUCUUUAUGAUGUUUGUAUAUUUUGUAAAGUUUGACGACUGGUCAGCUGGUGCCCUGAAUUUCAUUUUACUGUACAGAAGCUCUGUCUCUCCUUCAAGUUGCAUGUUGAGUAGUUUGUUUUGUAUAUUGUAUUAACGCUAAAUAAAAUCCUAAAGUCAA